AUGGGCAACGAGGCGAGCUUGGAAGGGGAAGGGCUCCCCGAAGGGCUGGCGGCCGGAGCUGGGGCGGGCGGGGCGGGGAGCCCCUUGCCCUCCGUGAUCCCGGCGGGCAUGGAGGCGAACCUGAGCCAGCUGAGCGAAGAGGAGAGGAGACAGAUCGCCGCUGUCAUGUCAAGGGCGCAGGGGCUGCCCCAGGGAAGCGUCCCCUCUGCCACCGCGGAGUCGCCCUCCAUGCACAGGAAACAAGAGUUGGAUAGUAGUCAUCCUCCAAAGCAACCAGGAAAACCACCAGACCCUGGGCGUCCAGUUCAGCCUGGUCUCAGUAAAAGUAGAACUACAGACACUUUCAGGUCAGAGCAGAAAUUGCCUGGAAGGAGUCCUUCUACUAUUAGCUUGAAAGAAUCAAAGUCUAGAACUGAUUUAAAGGAAGAGCACAAGUCUAGUAUGAUGCCUGGUUUCCUCUCAGAUGUUAACCCUUUAAGUGCUGUCUCUUCUGUUGUAAAUAAAUUCAACCCUUUUGAUUUAAUAUCAGACUCUGAGUCAUCCCAGGAAGAAACUACCAAGAAACAAAAGGUAGUUCAGAAGGAACAAGGAAAACCUGAAGGAAUUACAAAACCUCCAUCUCAACAACAGUCACCCAAGUCAGUUUCUAAGCAGCAAGUACCUGUUAAGGACCCUAAGCAGAAUGGCUCUCCCAAAUCAUUAUCUUCUCAGCAGCCAGAAAAAAUGAAAUCACAACCUCCUAGUACAGUAAAGUCAAUUCAGGGGCCUGCUCAGCUUCCACAGAUAGAUCAGGCAAAAUUGCCUCAUCAACGAGAAGCAUCCAGGCCCCAGACUACUACGCAGUCAGAUAUAGUAAGGGGAGAAUCAGUUAAACCCUUGCAGCAAAACCCUUCCAAACCAUCUACUCAGCAUGCAAGUCCUGGAAAACCUCCAGCCCAGCAGCCUGGAUCUGAAAAACCACAGCCUGGGCCUGGAAAGUCCACAGUCCAGCAAAAAGGGCUAGUGAAACCCCAGACCCAGCCAUCAGGCACCACAAAGCCUCCAGCUCAGCAGACUGGGUCAGAUAAGUCUUCAUCUCAGCAGCCUGGGCCAAAGUCAGUAGCUCAGCCUCCUGGGCUUGGAAAGACUCCAGUUCAGCAGCCAGGGCCAGCAAAGUCCCCAGCUCAGCAAGCAGGGACAACAAAACCCCCAGCUCAACAUCCUGGACCACAGUCUCCAGCUAAGCCAACUGGGCCAACAAAGACCCCGGCUCAGCAUCCUGGGCCAGGAAAAACCCCAGCUCAACAACCAGGCCCAGCAAAGCCUUCCACUCAGCAGCCUGUCCCAACAAAGCCCCCACCUCAACAAGUUGGCUUAACAAAGCCUCCAGUUCAACAGCCUACAUUGGCAAAGCCACCAUCUCAACAAGCUGGUCUGGCGAAGCUACCACCUCAGCAAGCUGGCUUGGCAAAGCCUCCAGCUCAACAACCUACAUCAGCAAAGCCACCACCUCAACAAGCUGGCCCAGCGAAGCACCCAGCUCAGCAAUUUACAAAACCAGUAAGCCAAAUAGUAACUGGGAAACCUCUGCAACCACCACCAACUUCUCCAUCUGCAGCACAGACUCCAGAACAAGGCCUGUCUAAAACUAUCUGUCCUCUUUGCAAUACCACUGAACUUCUGUUACACGUUCCAGAAAAGGCCAAUUUUAACACAUGUACUGAGUGUCAAACCACUGUGUGUAGCCUCUGUGGUUUUAAUCCCAAUCCUCACUUAAACGAGAUAAAAGAAUGGCUCUGUUUAAACUGUCAGAUGCAAAGAGCCCUGGGAGAUGAACUGGCUCCGGUUCCAUCAUCACCACAACCCAAACCGAAGACUGCACCUCUUUCUCCUGCAACGGCCUCCAGCCAGUCAUCCCCACAGCCGCAGCAGGCUUCCCCAAAGAAAGACUCUGCAUCCAAGCAGGAUAUCACAAAGGUACCUGAGUCUAAAAAGCCACCACCACUAGUGAAACAACCAACCCUUCAUGGUCCUGCCCCAGUUAUGGCCAAACAGCCUCCUGUGGCAGAGGCGUCAUCCAAGCCAGCCCCUCCCAAAGAGCCUUCUGUGCCCCCAUCUGAGCAAGCCAAGGCCUCCACUGAAGAUGAUAAACCAAAGCAGCUCCAGAUGGAAAAGUCACCCACAGACCUUGACUCUUCAUCAUCAGCAGCAAGAAAACCUGAUAGUCUAAGCUCUCAAGUACUGUCAGAGGCCCAAAAGAAACCAGCCUCUCCUGUAAAAACAGAUGCUGCCAAAUCCUCACAGAGUUUUCCACCAACAGGAGAAAAAGUCAUCCCAAUGGAUUCUAAAGCCAUGCCACGACCUGCAUCAGAUUCAAAAAUUGUUUCAUUCCGUGGGCCUAGUUCAGAGAGCAAAGAUCAAAAAGAAGUUGACCAAGUUCAAAAGAAGGAGGAACCUAAGAAAGCACAAACCAAAACAAGUCCUAAACCAGAGGCCAAGCCAGUGCCAAAAGGGUCACCCAUACCAUCUGGCCCACGACCUACCACUGGCCAAACCACCCCUGCACCUCAACAGCCCCCAAAGCCUCAGGAGCAGUCGAGGCGUUUCAGUCUGAAUCUGGGAAGUAUUACUGAUGCUCCUAAAUCACAGCCCACAACUCCUCAAGAAACUGUGACUGGGAAACUCUUUGGCUUUGGAGCAUCAAUCUUUAGCCAGGCAUCAAACUUAAUUUCCACAGCAGGCCAGCCUGGACCUCAUUCACAAGGUGGGCCAGCAGCCUCAAUAAAACCAGCCCCUUCCCCUUCACAGCCUCCUACUUCUCAGGGGCCACCCAAGUCUACAGGUCAGGCCCCACCACCAUCUGCAAAAGUUAUACCUGUGAAAAGAGAAACAAAAGCUCCUGUAGCUGAAAAGUUAGAGUCCAAAGCUGAAGAAGUUCCAAUGGUGAAAAGAACAGAAACAGACAAAAAGCCCCCACCUGUUAAGGAUAGCAAACCUCCAGACUUGGAGUCUCAGAAGGCUGUCCCUCCCCAGAAACCCGAGAAAAUCACCAAACCAAAAUCAGCCUGUCCACUCUGCAAAACUGAGCUCAACAUAGGUUCUCAGGAUCCUCCUAACUUUAAUACUUGCACUGAAUGCAAGAAUCAAGUAUGUAAUCUCUGUGGAUUUAACCCUACACCACACUUGACGGAGAUUCAAGAAUGGCUUUGUUUAAGUUGCCAAACCCAGAGAGCAAUCUCUGGACAGCUUGGAGACAUGGGAAAAAUGCUAUCAGGACCCAAGGCAUCCCCCAUGCCUGUCCCUGAAGAGCCACCAUCUCAGAAAACAGCAAUGCCUUCCCAGGUAAAAGUGAAAAAGAAGGAACCGGAGGUAAAAACCGAAGCUGAAAAACUCAUUCCAGAAAAAGUGAAAGAAACACCUUUAAUUGAAAAAGUACCUCCUAAGGUAACUACAGAUAAAAAACAAGAAGAAAUUAAACUGGAGAAAGAUGAAGUUUCAACCCUUCAAGAAAAAAAGCCACCCCCAGAAGAAAAACCACUCUCAGAAGAAAAAAUGUUAGCCCUGGAAGGAAAGAAGCCAUCUCAUGAAGAAAAGAAGCCAAUCCCUAAAGACAAAACGUUACCCCCAGAAGAAAAGACAUUGGCUCUAGAAGAAGAGCAUCAUGAGAUUCCUAAAACUCAAGCACAAAUUGCUGAUGAAAAGCCCAAAAGUAGAGUAGCUCCAAAGGCAGAACAAGAAGAGAAGCAGCCACAAACCAAAAUGGGUGAUCUGCAUAAGGAAGAAGCUAAGACUACCAAAAAGAUGAAAGAACAGCUCCAGACAGCAGGCAUAGCAAAACCUGAUCAGAUGGAACCUGGGAAAGAAAAAACAGAAAAGGAAGAGGACAAAUCAGACACAAGUUCUCAGCAGCCUAAAAGCCCACAAGGUCUGAGUGACACAGGCUAUUCUUCUGAUGGAAUAUCAAGUUCCCUUGGUGAAAUUCCAAGUCUUAUUCCAAGUGAUGAAAAGGAUUGGAUCAAGGGUCUUAAAAAGGACUCCUUUUCACAAGAAAGCAGCCCUUCCAGCCCCUCAGACUUAGCUAAGUUAGAAAGCACAGUCUUAUCCAUUUUGGAAGCUCAGGCAAGUACACUUGUGAGUGAAAAAUCAGAAAAGAAAACACAGCCCGAUGAGGUUUCUCCUGAGCAGCCAAAGGACCAACAGAAAACUCAGAUUUUAUCUGAAACUCUGGAAAUUACUACUUCAAAAGAGGAACUCAAGGAGAGUCAAGAAGAAAAGAAAGACACUGCAAAAAAGGAUAGCCAACAAGGCAUUCCUUCCAGUAAGGAGCAUGCUGAAAAGUCUGACUUCGUUGAUGAUGUAACAGCAAGAAGACAGUCCUAUGAUUCAGUUGAAGACAGUAGUGAAAGUGAAAACUCACCUAUUCCACAAAGAAAAAGGAGAACUAGUGUUGGUUCAUCAAGCAGUGAUGAGUAUAAACAGGAAGACAGUCAAGGAUCGGGGGAAGAGGAGGACUUCAUUCGAAAACAAAUCAUAGAAAUGAGUGCUGAUGAAGAUGCUUCAGGUUCUGAAGAUGAUGAGUUUUUUAGGUGCCAGCUCAAAGAGAUUAGUAAUAUUACUGAGAGCCAGAAGAAGGAGGAAACAAAAGGGAAAGGGAAGGGAACAGCAGGGAAACACAGGCGACUGACUCGCAGAAGUAGUGCAAGCUUUGAUGAUGAUGCAGGGAGACGUCAUUCAUGGCAUGAUGAGGAUGAUGAGACGUUUGAUGAAAGUCCUGAACUCAAAUACAGAGAAACUAAAAGUCAGGAGAGUGAAGAACUGGUAGUUGCUGGAGGUGGAGGGCUACGUCGAUUUAAGACAAUUGAGCUCAAUAGUACCAUAGCAGAUAAAUACUCCACAGAGUCAUCACAGAAAAAAACAGUUUUAUAUUUUGAUGAAGAGCCAGAAUUAGAAAUGGAAAGCUUGACAGACUCUCCAGAGGACAGGUCAAGGGGAGAAGGAUCUUCUAGUCUUCAUGCUUCCAGCUUCACUCCUGGCACAUCCCCUACCUCUGUGUCAUCACUGGAUGAGGACAGUGACAGCAGCCCAAGUCACAAAAAAGGAGAGAGUAAACAGCAACGCAAAGCUCGCCACAGAUCGCAUGGACCUCUUUUACCUACUAUUGAAGAUUCUUCAGAGGAAGAAGAAUUGAGAGAGGAAGAAGAAUUACUAAAAGAGCAAGAAAAGCAGAAGGAACUAGAACAGCAACAAAGAAAGAGUUCGAGUAAGAAAUCAAAAAAGGAUAAAGAUGAACUUCGAGCUCAGAGAAGGAGGGAAAGACCAAAGACACCACCCAGUAAUCUCUCUCCCAUCGAGGAUGCAUCACCAACGGAAGAAUUACGCCAGGCCGCAGAAAUGGAGGAGCUCCAUAGAUCAUCUUGUUCGGAAUACUCACCUAGCAUAGAAUCAGACCCAGAAGGUUUUGAAAUAAGCCCAGAAAAAAUAAUAGAAGUACAAAAAGUUUAUAAAUUGCCCACAGCUGUGUCUUUAUACUCCCCAACUGAUGAGCAAUCUGUUAUGCAGAAAGAAGGUAGUCAAAAAGCAUUAAAAAGUGCGGAGGAGAUGUAUGAAGAAAUGAUGCAUAAAACCCACAAAUAUAAAGCUUUUCCAGCUGCAAAUGAACGAGAUGAGGUGUUUGAAAAAGAGCCUUUGUAUGGUGGCAUGUUAAUAGAGGAUUAUAUUUAUGAAUCUUUAGUAGAGGACACAUACAACGGAUCAGUAGUUGGGAGUCUACUAACAAGGCAAGAAGAAGAAAAUGGAUUCAUGCAGCAGAGAGGAAGAGAGCAAAAAAUAAGACUUCAAGAACAGAUUUAUGAAGAUCCUAUGCAGAAAAUUACAGACUUCCAGAAAGAGUUUUAUGAGUUAGAAAACUUAUCUGUUGUGCCUCAAGAAGACAUUGUUUCAAGCUCUUAUAUCAUUCCAGAAAGCCAUGAGAUAGUGGAUCUGGGUGAAGAAAAAAAAUUAUUAGAUGCUGAUACUGCCUAUGAAGAACUCAUGAAGCGGCAACAGAUGCAGUUAACGCCUGGAUCCAGCCCCACUCAGCCUGCCUUUGGAGAUGAUCUGACAGAGUCCACCAUGGACUUUGACAGGAUGCCAGAUGCAUCUUUGACAUCAAGUGUUCUCUCAGGAGCAUCACUUACAGACUCAACCAGCAGUGCAACACUUUCUAUUCCGGAUGUUAAAAUAACCCAGCAUUUUUCAACAGAAGAAAUUGAGGAUGAAUAUGUAACCGAUUACACAAGAGAAAUUCAAGAAAUAAUUGCCCAUGAAUCACUAAUUUUGACUUACUCUGAGCCUUCUGAAAGUGCUACAUCUGUCCCACCCUCUGAUACACCUUCCCUCACAUCAUCUGUUUCUUCAGUUUGCACAACAGAUAGCUCCUCCCCCAUUUCUACCUUGGAUAGCAUAACCACAGUUUAUACAGAGCCAGUGGACAUAAUAACUAAAUUUGAAGAUGCUGAGGAAAUGUCUUCAUCAACUUAUUUUCCAGGCAGCAUUAUAGACUACCCAGAAGAAAUAAGUAUAUCUUUAGAUCGGGCCACCGUACCAGAAAGUAGAACUAGUGGUGAUCAUAUUGUAAUUUCCUUAUCUGACCUGGCAUCUUCUGCCACCGAAUCUGUAGGAAUGAAACCUGGGGAGCCAAGUGUUCGUACUGUUUCCACUGACUUAGCUGCAUCUGAAAAAGAUCUAAUUAAAACCAAGAAGGAAGCUGGGGAUGGAAUUAUUCUGGCGGUUUUAGAAGCUUACAAAGACAAAAGGAAAGAGCCUGAGGUUGAACUAACAAAAAUUAGCUUAUAUGAAACUGGGUUUGACCAACCACUUUCUUCUGUAAUAGGCCCUCCAAUGAAGGAGCAGCUUUUAUCUACACACUCGAAAUCUGGAAAGAUCUCUGGUCAGGAAAAACCUCCAUCUCAGUUACCACCUGGCAGUCCUCCUGUUUCCUCUCAUCCAACUAAAUCUCGUCCAUUCGUCCGAAGGUCUUCUUUGGACAUAUCAGCCCAACCUCCUCCCCCUCCUCCUCCACCACCACCUCCUCCCCCUCCCCCUCCUCCUCCUCCUCCUCCCCCACCACUGCCCCCUCCAACUUCACCUAAACCAACUAUUCAUCCUAAAAAAAAAUCAACAGUUGUAGCUGUGACUCCAACUAGUACAGCUACACUUCUGAUGGAUACUGAUACUACUGCAGAGACCACAACUGCUCGGAGGAGUGAUGCGCUAUCUGGAACAAAAAUAUAUACUACUGCACCUCCUCCUGUGCCUCCUAAGCCUUCUUCAAUUCCAUCUGGUCUUGUAUUUACACAUAGGCCUGAGCCAAGCAAACCUCCAAUUGCCCCCAAACCAGCAGUUCCUCAGCAACCAGUAACUACACAAAAAACAACAGAUGUACACCCAAAACCAACAGGUCUACCAUUAACUUCAAGUAUGUCCUUAAAUUUAGUGACUUCAGCAGAUUAUAAAUUGCCUUCUCCCACCUCUCCACUUUCCCCACACUCUAACAAGUCCUCCCCGAGAUAUUCCAAAUCCCUUAUGGAAACUUAUGUGGUUAUUACAUUGCCAUCUGAACCUGGCACUCCAACAGAUUCUUCAGCUGGUCAAACAAUUACCAGUUGGCCCUUGGGAUCACCCCCGAAAGAUCUGGUUUCCCUUGAACCAUUGUUUUCUAUAGCUCCUCCUGUAACAGCUGCAGAAAUUCCAAGCUCCACACAGCAAACCCUGUACCUCUCAGGAGCUUUGGCGCCUUUCUCAACUGCCCCUGUUGGAGCACCGUCUUCAUUUCAGGGACUUCCUGGGUCACUUACACCAUUUCUCACAACUGAAUUCUCAAAGGCUGAGGUUUCAGCAACCAGAAGUACAGUUCUGAGUAUUAGUCCCAGCAGUAUUUCUAUAUCAGUUCCUUCAGAGCCUCUUGCACUAGAUAACCUACAUUUAGAGAAGCAUCAGUAUAAGGAAAAUGGACAGUUGCAACUUGCUGGAGAUGCCAUUGAUUUGCGAACAGCACCAAAAACAGAAGUUAAAGCAACUGAAAAAUGUAUGGAUCUUUCUGCUUCUGCAAUGGAUGCAAAAAGGCAGACCACAGCGAAUGAAGUUUAUGGGAGACAUAGUGCUGUCCAACCUUCUAUUAUAAAUCUCAGUGCAACUUCAUCAUUAGUGACUCCAGUACCCCUGGACACUGAGACAGUUCCUGUUGCAACAUGCACAGCUACUGCAAGUUACACUGUAGGCACAGAAAGCCUGGUAGGUAUAGAACAUACAAUGACAACACCACUCCAGCUUACCACAUUGAAGCAUGCUGAUUCCUCAUACAGGAUACCAAGUCAGGUCUUUCCUACAGUUAGGGAGGAAGCACCAAUAAACUUGUCUGUAAGCACCUCGGCACAUGCAGUGACAUCAGCUGUUACCAAGCCUGUCACUGCACCUCCUGUUGGUGUCACAAAUGGAUGGACUGAUAGCACUAUGUCCCAGGGGAUCACUGAUGGGGAAGCGGUAGAUCUUAGUACAACAAAGUCUCAUAGAACUGUUGUAACAAUGGAUGAAUCUACUUCAAAUGUGAUGACCAAAAUAAUAGAAGACGAUGAAAAGCCUGUUGAUUUGACUGCAGGACGAAGAGCUGUGUGCUGUGACAUGGUUUAUAAACUACCUUUUGGAAGGAGCUGUACCACACAGCAGCCUGCAACUACUCUUCCUGAGGAUCGUUUUGGUUAUAGGGAUGACCACUAUCAAUAUGAUCGAUCAGGACCAUAUGGUUAUAGAGGGAUAGGUGGCAUGAAACCUUCUAUGUCUGACACUAACUUAGCAGAAGCUGGACAUUUUUUCUACAAGAGUAAGAAUGCUUUUGGUUAUUCUGGAGGAAGUGAUGCAGCAGUAGAUCUAACUUCAGGGAGAAUUACUACAGGUGAGGUAAUGGAUUAUUCAAGCAAGACUACAGGUCCAUAUCCAGAAACACGACAAGUCAUUUCAGGAGUUGGGAUUAGUACCCCACAGUAUUCCACAGCAAGAAUGACUCCACCACCAGGACCCCAGUAUGGUGUGGGUAGUGUAUUGAGGUCAUCUAAUGGUGUUGUCUAUUCUUCAGUGGCGACUCCAGUCCCCUCCACCUUUGCGAUCACCACACAACCUGGCUCCAUCUUCAGCACCACUGUAAGGGAUUUCUCUGGUAUUCAUACAACUGAUGGGGUGACUUCUUUAUCUGCCCUGCACCAGAGCCAGCCAAUGCCUCGAUCAUAUUUCAUAACAACAGGUGCAUCCGAAACAGACAUCACAGUGACUGGUAUUGAUAUCAAUGCCAGUUUGCAAACUAUCACUAUGGAAACUCUUACUGCUGAGACGAUAGCCUCUGUUCCCACUUUAACCACAGCAUCUGAAGUGUUUUCUGAAGUGGUGGGAGAUGAAAGCACCCUUUUAAUUGUCCCUGAAGAAGACAAACAACAGCAGCAACUUGACUUGGAGCGUGAGCUCUUGGAACUGGAGAAAAUUAAGCAGCAGCGCUUUGCUGAGGAACUGGAGUGGGAACGUCAGGAAAUCCAAAGGUUCCGAGAACAAGAAAAGAUCAUGGUUCAAAAAAAGCUGGAGGAGCUGCAGUCUAUGAAGCAGCACCUCCUCUAUCAGCAAGAAGAAGAGCGACAGGCACAGUUCAUGAUGAGGCAGGAAACACUAGCUCAGCAGCAGUUGCAGCUCGAACAGAUUCAACAGCUGCAACAGCAGCUUCACCAGCAGCUAGAGGAGCAAAAGAUUCGCCAGAUCUACCAAUAUAACUAUGACGCUUCGGGAACAGCUUCUCCACAAACCACCACUGAGCAGGCAAUAUUGGAAGGUCAGUACGUUGCUCCAGAAGGCAAUCAGUUCUGGGCCACUGAAGAUACCACCACCACUGCGUCUGCUGUCGUAGCCAUUGAAAUACCACAGAGCCAAGGGUGGUACACAGUUCAGUCUGAUGGUGUGACUCAGUACAUUGCUCCUCCUGGCAUCCUGAGCACUGUAUCAGAAAUUCCUCUGACAGAUGUUGUUGUGAAAGAGGAAAAGCAAACCAAAAAGAGAAGUUCUGGAGCUAAAGUCCGGGGACAGUAUGAUGAGAUGGGGGAAACUGUGGCAGACGAUCCCCGGAGUUUUAAGAAGAUAGUGGACAGUGGUGUGCAAACUGAUGACGAAGACACUGCAGACCGGAGUUAUGUGAGUAGAAGAAGAAGAACCAAAAAGAGUGUUGAUACCAGUGUCCAAACUGAUGAUGAGGACCAGGAUGAAUGGGAUAUCCCUUCUAGGUCAAGGAGAAAAGCACGCGUAGGGAAAUAUGGUGACAGCACAGCAGAGGCUGACAAGAGCAAACCACUUUCCAAAGUCUCCAGCAUCGCGGUUCAGACAGUUGCAGAGAUAUCUGUGCAAACUGAACCAGUCGGAACCAUCAGAACUCCUUCCAUACGAGCACGAGUGGAUGCCAAGGUAGAAAUAAUUAAACACAUUUCUGCACCUGAAAAGACUUACAAAGGGGGCAGUUUAGGAUGUCAAACAGAAGCAGAUUCAGACACACAAAGUCCUCAGUUUCUGAGUGCCACAUCUCCACCCAAAGACAAGAAACGCCCCACACCUUUAGAGAUCGGUUAUUCAUCAUCUCACCUUCGGGCAGAUUCCACACUCCAGCUGGCUCCUUCCCCACCCAAAUCUCCAAAAGUCCUUUACUCACCCAUCUCACCACUUUCACCAGGCAAAGCCUUAGAAUCAGCCUUUGUACCUUAUGAGAAACCCCUCCCUGAUGACAUAAGUCCACAGAAAAUACUGCAUCCAGAUAUGGCUAAAGUUCCCCCAGCAAGUCCUAAGACAGCCAAGAUGAUGCAGCGUUCUUUGUCUGACCCCAAGCCUCUGAGUCCAACAGCAGAUGAAAGUUCCAGGGCUUCUUUUCAGUAUGCCGAGGGCUUCACGGCAAAAGGCUCUCAAACCAUGACACCCUCUGGCACCCAGAAAAAAGUUAAGAGAACACUGCCAAACCCACCUCCUGAGGAGGCUUCCACAGGAACUCAGUCAACAUACAGCACAAUGGGCACAGCUUCUAGGAGAAGGAUCUGCAGAACCAAUACCAUGGCUCGAGCCAAGAUUCUCCAGGACAUAGACAGAGAGCUUGAUCUUGUGGAAAGGGAAUCUGCCAAGCUUAGAAAGAAACAAGCAGAACUGGAUGAAGAAGAAAAGGAGAUUGAUGCCAAGCUCCGGUACCUGGAAAUGGGAAUUAACAGGAGGAAAGAGGCAUUAUUAAAGGAAAGAGAAAAAAGGGAACGAGCCUACCUGCAGGGGGUAGCUGAGGACCGUGACUACAUGUCUGACAGUGAAGUCAGCAGCACCAGACCAACGCGAAUAGAAAGUCAGCAUGGGAUUGAGCGACCAAGAACUGCUCCCCAAACUGAGUUCAGUCAGUUUAUACCACCACAAACCCAAACGGAGUCUCAACUAGUUCCUCCCACUAGUCCUUAUACACCAUAUCAAUACUCUUCUCCUGCUCUUCCGACCCAAGCACCCACUCCAUUCACCCAGCAGUCCCAUUUCCAACAACAAACUCUGUACCAUCAGCAAGUCUCACCUUACCAGACUCAACCAACUUUCCAAGCUGUAGCAACCAUGUCCUUCACACCACAAGCUACACCAGCCCCACAACCAUCUUACCAGUUACCAUCCCAGAUGAUGGUGAUACAACAGAAGCCACGGCAAACUACAUUAUAUUUGGAGCCCAAGAUAACUUCAAACUAUGAAGUGAUUCGCAACCAGCCCCUGAUGAUAGCACCUGUUUCAACGGAUAAUACAUAUGCUGUUUCCCAUCUUGGUAGUAAAUACAAUAGUUUAGAUCUGAGAAUAGGCCUGGAGGAAAGAAGUAGCAUGGCAAGCAGUCCAAUAUCAAGUAUAUCUGCAGAUUCUUUCUAUGCAGAUAUUGACCAUCAUACUUCGCGAAAUUAUGUCCUAAUUGAUGAUAUUGGAGAGAUUACCAAAGGAACAGCAGCAUUAAGCACCGCAUUUAGCCUUCAUGAAAAGGAUCUGUCAAAAACAGAUCGUCUCCUCCGAACCACUGAGACACGUAGGUCUCAAGAAGUGACAGAUUUCCUAGCACCUUUACAGACUUCUUCUAGAUUACAUAGUUAUGUGAAAGCAGAGGAAGACCCAAUGGAGGAUCCAUAUGAGUUAAAGCUUCUGAAACAUCAGAUUAAACAAGAAUUCCGUAGGGGGACAGAGAGCUUAGAUCACCUUGCUGGUCUUUCACAUUAUUACCAUGCUGAUACUAGCUAUAGACAUUUUCCAAAAUCUGAAAAGUAUAGCAUCAGCAGACUCACACUUGAAAAACAAGCAGCCAAACAAUUACCAGCAGCCAUACUUUAUCAAAAGCAGUCAAAACAUAAGAAAUCAAUAAUUGACCCUAAAAUGUCCAAGUUUUCACCUAUUCAAGAAAGCAGAGACCUUGAACCUGAUUAUUCAAGCUAUAUGUCUUCUAGCACUUCAUCUAUUGGUGGUAUUUCUUCUAGAGCAAGACUUCUUCAAGAUGACAUCACUUUUGGCCUCCGAAAAAAUAUUACAGACCAACAAAAAUUCAUGGGAUCAUCUCUUGGUUCAGGACUAGGCACUUUAGGGAGUACCAUACGGUCAGCCCUGCAGGAUGAAGCAGAUAAACCAUACAGUAGCGGUAGCAGAUCCAGGCCUUCCUCCAGACCUUCCUCUGUCUAUGGGCUUGAUUUAUCAAUUAAAAGGGAUUCUUCCAGCUCUUCACUAAGACUGAAAGCUCAGGAGGCUGAAGCUCUAGAUGUUUCCUUUAGUCAUGCAUCAUCCUCUGCCAGAACUAAGCCUACCAGUUUACCAAUUAGCCAGAGUAGAGGAAGGAUACCAAUUGUGGCCCAGAAUUCUGAAGAAGAAAGUCCACUCAGUCCUGUUGGCCAGCCAAUGGGAAUGGCUAGGGCUGCAGCUGGACCCCUACCACCAAUAUCUGCAGACACGAGGGAUCAGUUUGGAUCAAGUCAUUCAUUGCCUGAAGUUCAGCAACACAUGAGAGAGGAAUCACGAACUCGAGGUUAUGACCGCGAUAUAGCAUUCAUCAUGGAUGACUUCCAACAUGCAAUGUCAGACAGUGAAGCUUAUCACUUGCGUCGUGAGGAAACAGAUUGGUUUGAUAAACCCAGAGAGUCUCGUUUGGAAAAUGGACAUGGUCUGGACCGAAAACUGCCAGAAAGAUUGGUUCACUCUAGACCACUUAGUCAACAUCAAGAACAA